AUGUUGUUCGUUGCGUCAGUAGCUUCUCUGGAUAGAGCUGUAUUUGCAUCGACUGCAGACGCCAAAGCUUUCCAGAAUUUGCCGCCAUCAAAUUACCCAUUAGUAACAAUGCAACAACAGCAACAACAACAACAACAGCAACAGCAAAGCGUUGCUUUCAACUAUGCUAACUCGAUGUCUCAAGCUAACUCACUCAUUAUGGGUCCUCAGCGAUAUCAGCAUCCAUUUGCACCGAACAUCCAAACCGUCAAUGGGGAACUUCGAAACUCGUUAUUUGUUCCAUGUAGCACAAACAUCUGUAUUCAACCACUUUUUCCAUCGCAGCAUCCAUUGCCAUAUGGUUUCAAGCAAGCAUCACCAAUGGCUUUAAAUCGAACCAAUCAUAUUGUGGCAGUGGCGGAACCUUUCGUCGCUUUCAAUCAGCAUCAGGUUUAUGGGACAUCGUCACACUCCUGUAUUUCUUACACCAGUAAUGGUUUUCCAGCUAACGAUCCGAAUUUCUCUCUUCCGAAAUCACCAGUAUUUGCCAAUCAGUCACUUCGGCCUAACCAUAACCGAGGUCACGCUAGUUCAACUACUGUUAUACUUCCUUCAGUUUUACAAGAUGCGGAACAUCAGACAAAUUUCAGUAAUACAGCUCGAAAUGUACCUUCAAUCUACGUGAACUCAACAGUUGGAUCUUGCGGAUUGUCAGAAAACAACCACGAGGGCACGUCUUUGUUUAAUACGCCAAACCUAACUUGUUUUGGAGAUGGAGAGGCUCGCCAGCUUCAAUCUUGUUGUACAAGUGAUGAAUAUCUGUUAAAGUGGAGCAGCCAUCAGUGUUAUUUAAAUAGUUCCUCUCGAGUAAGUGACACCAGUCGGCUAGCUUCUCAGAAUUACCAGCAGUUCAACCAAACGACAGUUGAACAUCAACCCACUAAACGUACUUUAUCGCUAUCCGAAUUUAACCGUUCUAACGCUAAGGAUCUUUCAGUUUUUGUGGAAACAUUACUGAGACCUUUAACUCGCCAUUUAAUUCAGAAUACCCGUAAUAACAGUAAUUUGCUAUCUGUAUCUGCUGCUUCGGAUUCAAGAAACUCAAGCUCCUCAAGUCGCGAACAGUCAUUCCCAAUUACCAAAUUGAAGCUUGUAGAUGAAAAAAAGAAUCGCCCAUGUUUUGUCAUAGGACAGAGUGACGACUUGAAUGAAAAUGUGCCAUUAACACCUAGUGGUGAGAAGUGUACACGCAGUUUCAGUAUUGGAAGCACUGGUAACGCUUCCCACAGUUCUACCUUUGAUGAUAGCUGUGGUUCAGACCGUGUUUCAAAUAAUGGCAAUCGAGAUAGUGAAGUCAAAGUCAUAGAGAGCAGUUCGUGUGCAGAAGUUUGCAAUAAAGCGGAAGUGACAGAUCAAUGUUCUAACACCUGUCAAGUCGAAAAUGCUGAAAUCAGUAAAUGUGAGUCACCCACUCAAGACAGCGAUGUGGGGAAAAGUGGAUCCAACGACUGUGGCCAAUGCGAAAACGAUUCACACAGGAAUAAUUUUGAAGCGGCUCUUUCUUGCUGUACUUUCUGCCUCUAUCUCAAUGAAGACUCAAAAUUUUGCGAGUCUCAUAGGAUUGUGGUGUCCUGCAAAGAGUUAUUUCUCUUGGUCUCCUCAAAGGGAUAA